AUGUCUCUCUACGCUGCUCCAGCACCUCCACAAACAAAACUUGGACGCUAUAGGCAACUUGCCCCGCGCGCGGCUCUGCAUGUCUCCCCUCUCGUUCUCGGCGGCGGCACCGUCGGCGAUAAAUGGUCCGUUUUUGGGGCUGGAGCAACGGAUAAGAAAUCGUCCUUCGCUCUCCUCGACGCCUACUUUGAUGCCGGCGGAAACUUCAUCGACACCGCUAACAAUUACCAAGAUGGAUCUUCUGAGGCAUUCAUUGGCGAAUGGAUGCAGGAAAGAAAUAUAAGGGAUCAAGUCGUCGUUGCUACGAAGUACACGAGCAGCAUUAAGCGCGGAGAUCCCAGCAUCAAGCUGCAUCCUAACUACGUCGGUAACAACCUCAAGAGCAUGCGCCUUAGCCUCGACCAAAGCAUGAAGAACCUUCGAACCGACUACAUAGAUAUCUUCUUUGUCCACUUUUGGGACCUUCAUACUUCUGUCGAAGAAUUAAUGGACGGCUUACACCAGCUAGUUCUCGCGGGUAAAGUCCUGUAUCUCGGUAUCUCUGAUUCUCCAGCCUGGUUCGUAGUGAAGGCGAACGAGUACGCCAAAUGGAACGGUAAGACACCGUUCGUUGUCUACCAAGCGGCGUACUCCGUUUUGCAGCGCGACAUCGAGCGCGAGAUUUUGCCAAUGUGUCGGCAUGAAGGUAUUGCCCUCACCUUCUGGAACGUUUUGGCCGGCGGUCACAUCAGAUCGGACGAGGAAGAGGAGACCCGCCGCAAGACCGGUGAAAAAGGAAGAACGAUGUUUGGACCCUGGGAGAGGAACGAGACGGAGAAGAAGAUGUGUAACGCGCUUGGAAUUGUAGCUGAGAAGGUUGGGGCAAAGCAUAUAACGGCCGUCGCGAUCGCCUAUGUGAUGCAUAAGGCACCGUACGUCUUCCCGAUAGUGGGAGCGCGGAAAGCUGAGCACCUGCAAGCGAACAUCGAGGCCUUGAGUAUCAGCUUGAGCGAUGAGAAUGUCAAGUUCAUCGACGACGUAUUGCCCUUUGACCAGGGCUUCCCCUCAAACUUUUUCGGGCAAUACGGAUCGGGAAUGUAUCCAUUCAUUCUUACAUCGUCCGCCACGUUCGAUCCCCAACCGUUAUUAGCACCUAUUGCACAUGAGAAGUGAACGGAGGGGUGUGCUCAGAUUAUACGUUGU